AUGGCAUUCAAAAUAGUUUUCAAUAGAAAAAUUCAUAAACUGCCUCUUCAUGUUACAACUGUUCAGGCAAUAAGAUCAUCAAUAGAAAAACUCUAUCCUCAAAUCGAUUUAAAUUAUCAUCUAGUUUUUUUCUAUAACUAAGAACCUCUUGAAGUAAGAAAUUAAAUUAAUUAUAAAAGAUUGUGCAUGAAGAUGCAUUAUUAAUACUUUUAAAGAUUUUACAAUUAUCCUCAUAUAAAUUAUUUGUAUUUGAAAAUAAUAUUGGUUAACUAACAGAAGAAGGUACUUUUUACAUUUAAAUUAUUAGAUGUUAAAUUUAUGGAGCAGUCAAGCAUUUACUCUGCUAGUGUAAUUUAAGUAGAUUAAAAUAUAAGAUAAUAGAAAAUGAAACCUGAUAAUUAAUAAUACUAAUAAUCUAAUGUUUAAAUAUUUAAUCAAUAGAAACCUUAUGAUAUUGAAUAGUAAUAUAAUUAACAAUAUUUAACUUAAAUAUAGCAAUAAUAAUAAUAAUAAUAAUAACAAUAAUAAUAAUAAUAAUAAUAACAAUAAUAAUAAUAAUAAUAAUAAUUGUAAUAAUAUUAAUAAUAAUAUUAAAAUAUAUAAUAAUAACUUCCAUAAAAUAAUUAAUAAUCUUUGUUAUAAGGAUUUUAUCCUUCCUAAAAAUAACAGAUUUAACAGAUAUAACCUUUAGGUUAAUAGUUUUAAUAUCCCCAUAUUGAAUUAGAAAUAAAUCAAGAAGAUUAUUAGAUUGAGGUGAUUCAAAACUCAUAAGUUUAAAGUUAUCCUGAUAAAGAAUUUAUAUGGAAAUUAGUUUUAAAGAAUUCAGGCUAAAAAACUUGGCCUUAAACAAUGAAAAUAAGAUGUAUCGACAAUCCUUUCAAAACUCAUUAAUCUCUCUUACCUGAAGCUAUUCCAGGACAGGUUGUUGAUGUCUCAAUUAAAUUGAAAGCCCCUUAAAAAAUAGAUUCACUUUUUGUAAAUUGGGGUAUUUAUUACUUAGAAAAUACUUUGGAAUUGGCACUAAAAUAAACAAUUUGUCUUUUCUUAGAAGUAAUCAAAGAAUGUAUUAAUUAUAAAUUAUAAUUAGAGCCUGAAUAAAGAUUUAUAGGUACAUAGAUUUUGGUAAAAGCUGAAUAAAUAAAGGCAAUAAUGACAGAUUAGAGUAUAAACUACAUAUGUAAGUUUAUCGAAAAACACAAAAUACUUACAUUAAGAGUAGAGGAUAUUAUCAAUAAGAUCUAUGAUUAAUAAUCUUAAUAAUGA